AUGGCUCGGUACAUGUUUUGGCGGCGACGCGGCGCCAUGCAAGGGGUUGUGGAGGGUCACUUCUGGAGCCUUACGCGGUAUCGCAUAGGCCGACGCUUUUUGGGCCUUGACUACGCCGACAACGUCAUUUUAUUCCCCGCGUACCGCAAAAAGACGUGGGGCGGGUGGGCCGCCGUCACUCUCGGUGCGACGAACGCGAGUUACUUGACAAGUGACACCUCCUCGGCAAAUGUGCUGGAGGACGGCUACCCGCUGCAUUGGCGUGCGAGCACCAAGCUGCAGGCCUUUAUUGCCGAGGAGAGGAAAGAUUGGAAUAAGCGAAAGGAGGAGGUGGUUGCGCGGCGCGCGGCGGCGAUUGUCGCGGAGGGUGAAGCCGCUUCUAGCACUCCGAGUGGCACCAGUAGGAAUAAUGGCGCUGCGAAUAAUGCCGGAGAGAAGGGGGCACAUGAAUACGACGAACAGCACUUCCGCGAUGCCAUUACGAUCAAGUGCACGUCCCCUGGAUUUUCCCAGCGUCAUCUACGCCUACGCCCAUUGACGACUAUAUUGUACAAGGCAAUGUACUUUUACAUUUGGGGCAUUGUCAUCUCUGUCAUUGUGCAGGCGUACCUGUUGUUCCGCGGGUGGCUGAACCCGCCGGCGCGAGAGGGGUUAAAGGACAUUGAGAACCAUGUGCUACAUAUUCCGAAACUUGUCUUCAGUCUCUGUGUGUCUGGCUUUGCGUGGCUGUUGCAGAAGACGCAGCCACUUGUGGAUCCUCUUCUACAUUUUCUUGAGGAAAAAUUUCCACGGGUAAAUUGGAGCGUUGCGUCACCGAAGGUGAUUGCAACGAAGGCGCAUCAGCUGGCAGGGAAUGAGGAGGCGGCGCAGCAGUUGGCCGCCAUGGAAGCGGAGAGAGUCGCGGCUGGAAGGGCAGUGCGACAGCAGGCAGAUGCGGAGCGCCGAACGUGGUGGAAACGGGCGUUUCUUGCCCUUUUCUGCCUAUUUUCCAUCCUUUGCAUCAUUUAA